AUGACCCCCAGAGAGUCAUUCCAGCUGGUGCAAAUUGGAGCAGACCUGAGAAUUUGGAUCAUUGUCUUCAGUGGAGUUACUCCAGAUUUAUACAGAUGGAAGGUCCUGGAUGCGCUGAGGAUCCGGGUGAGGGGGAAGCCAGGGUUCAUUGCCUUUGCCUCUUUAUUCUUCAUCCUAGUUUCAAUCACAACCUUUUGUUUGGAAACCCAUGAGGCUUUCAAUACUAUUAUAAACAAAACUGAGCACGCCAUCAAUGGCACAGAGGUGGUUCUACAGUAUGAAAUUGAGACAGAUCCUGCUCUGACAUAUGUGGAAGGAGUCUGUGUGGUGUGGUUUACAUUUGAAUUUUUAGUCCGUGUUGUUUUUUCACCCAAUAAACUUGAAUUCAUCAAAAAUCUCUUGAAUAUCAUUGACUUUGUGGCCAUUCUGCCCUUUUACCUAGAGGUGGGCCUAAGUGGCCUCUCCUCCAAAGCUGCUAAGGAUGUGCUUGGCUUCCUCAGGGUGGUGAGAUUUGUGAGAAUCCUGCGAAUCUUCAAACUCACCCGGCACUUUGUAGGCCUCAGAGUGCUGGGUCACACACUCCGAGCUAGCACCAAUGAGUUUUUGCUGCUGAUAAUAUUCCUGGCACUAGGUGUGUUGAUAUUUGCCACCAUGAUCUACUAUGCUGAGCGAAUAGGGGCCAAGCCCAAUGACCCAUCUGCUAGUGAGCAUACACAGUUCAAAAAUAUCCCCAUUGGCUUCUGGUGGGCUGUGGUCACCAUGACUACCCUUGGGUAUGGGGACAUGUAUCCUCGGACUUGGUCAGGCAUGUUAGUGGGUGCUCUGUGUGCUCUCGCUGGGGUGCUGACCAUAGCCAUGCCCGUGCCUGUCAUUGUCAACAAUUUUGGAAUGUACUACUCCCUGGCAAUGGCGAAGCAGAAACUUCCAAGAAAGAGGAAGAAGCACAUCCCUCCUGCUCCUCAGGUGAGCUCCCCUACCUUUUGCAAGACAGACUUGAAUAUGGCCUGCAAUAGCACACAGGGAGAUGUCUGCCUGGGCAAAGACAACCGGCUGAUGGAACACAACAGAUCAGUGUUAUCAGGUGAAGACAGUGCAGGAAGUGAGCAGCCACUCUCACCUGGGGAAAGGCACCCACCAAUCAGACGCUCUAGUACCAGAGACAAAAACAGAAGAGGGGGAACAUGUUUCCUACUGACAACAGGUGAUUACACGUGUGCUACUGAUGGAGGGAUCAGGAAAGAUAACUGCAAAGAGGUUGUCAUUACUGGUUACACGCAAGCUGAGGCCAGAUCUCUUUCUUAAUGGCUUGGGGAAGGCACAAAACAUGAAAGAAAGUGUUGUACAGAAUAUAUCAUGGAUUUUUGACUGCUGAAAAAGGGACAAUGGAAUUUAGCCAUACCAAGGACUGUACUGGAAAGAGACUACUGCUGCUGAAUGGGCCAUGAUAAACAACUCGUGCAUUGAACAGGUCAUUGAGCCGUCACAUGAGAAGGAGAGAUUAUUAUGAAGAUGAAGGACUGAUUUCAAUUGCUGCUGCCAGUGGAAGAGGUGACUCGUCACUGUUGAUGAGUCAGCUGUAAAUACAAUGUGUGUGCAUGGAAUAUCAGCUUUUGCCAUCUAUGUCAGAGGAAGCUGAAUUCAAAGUCAUCAGCUCUCAGACUCCAUGCAAAGAACCACGUGCCUCUCUCUGUAUAUUCUCCCUGGUUCCCGCAGUAUGGUCGUGCUGUGGAUCAUGCAAAGGCACACACCUAUAAUGAUAGUGAUGUAAACUACAUCUGUCUUCACUUCCCUCAUAACAAAGGUAUUUUUUUUGCAAGGGUCAUGACCAUGGACAGAGUGGGUUUUGCUACAAGUUCCUGCUUUCUCAGUUUGCCAUAUCUAUAUUUUUAUGAAUUCCAGUGUACAUGCCAAUUUUUGUUUACUUUUCACUUUGAUAAGAGAAAUGUGGCUGCAGACAAACAUCCCUGACUUUGUUCACAGUACACAAUCUUUUUUCAUUGUUACCUCAGACUAUAAGUAUUAUGAGAAAUAAAAUUCUGGCAGCAAGAAUAUUUGGGUUUUUUUAUUCAAACUAUCACAGAAGCAACAUCAAUAAAUAUAAAAUAUGUAUUAAAAUUAUAUCCUAAAAAGUGUAUAUUUUGCAUAAGAGAGAUAUUCUUUGAUCAAUUACUUUUUGUGAGUUUUGUGGUAAAUUGAUCUAGUCUGUUCUAUGUCUUUGAUGCAUUGUAGUUGGUACAGUGUAUUAAUUAUGUUCUCCCCAUCCUAUUUAAUGAGACUUUCUCCAGAAUAUGUUUGUCAUCUUGGUAUCCUGAAUGUAGGGACUAUCCCAGUUGUGAAACUCUGUAUCGUGGAACUUUUGUGAACAUGUCAAGGUGCAUGCACAAUCCUGGUGGAAACUAAUAGAAAUGUAACUAACUGAAAUGGAGAAUAAAAGGCAAAUGAUUUGGGGAUAAGCUUGGAACAUA